UCUCAGUCGGAUAAAGGGAUCUUCGGUGCUUUAAGCGUCAAGUAGCCUGGAAGAAGAACCAGUUCAAUCAGAAAGACGACUAACGAGAAGAUCCCUGCUCUCUGUUCAGAACCAAUAAUGUCGCUGGAGCUGUACUUGGACCUUUUCUCUCAGCCCUGCCGCUCAGUUUAUAUCUUCGCCAAGAAAAACAACAUUCCUUUUGAAUUCAAAAACAUUUCCCUGUUAACUGGUGAACAUUAUGAGGAAGAGUUUGGGAAGAUCAGCAUGAUAAGAAAAGUUCCUGCUAUGCGAGAUGGAGACUUCUGCCUGACUGAAAGCAUCGCCAUCAUGCUGUAUAUGGUGCAGAAGUUUAAGACUCCAGACUUCUGGUACCCAGCUGACCUUCAGCACCGUGCUCGUGUUGACGAGUAUCUGUCAUGGCAACACAUGGCUAUCCGUAUGCAUGGAUCCAAGAUGUUCUGGCUCAGGCUUUUGAUUCCUAAAGUCAUGGGUGUGGAAGUCCCUCAGGAGAAGCUGGAUGCAGCCUUAGAGGAUCUGAAUGGCUCACUGAAACUCAUAGAAGAAAAGUUCCUUCAGGACAGGCCCUUCAUUGCAGGAGACCACAUGUCACUGGCUGACCUGGUCGCCAUUGUGGAGAUCAUACAGCCUGUCGGCGCUGGCCUGGAUGUGUUUGAGGGGAGACCCAAGCUGAGCGCCUGGCGGGACAGAGUUGAGGCCGCCAUUGGUAAAGAGCUGUUUGAUGAUGCCCACCAUGCUAUCCUGGGGGCCCAGGAGAGUGUGAAGAUGAUGGACCCUAGCAAGAUGCAGUUGUUCAAGCCCAAGAUCCUCAAGUUAUUCAUGUGAAGAGGAGUUUCCCUCUCAUUCCUGGCUAUACAGAGAAUCCACAUUGCCAGUGUCAGCACAUGUAGACUGGGCAAUACAUAGCAUGCAUUCCAAGCCUCCUGUAUGUAAAAUCUCCACUGUUUAUGAGUAAAUUAAUAGUAUGAUAACAUGUGUUUAGUCCCGCCCUCAUUAUGUAACAGAGGGAUGUGAAACGUGAGAGCUGUAGCUUGUGUCUGCCAACAAAUAUCCCAUCAUUUCCUAGAUUCUUCACAGCAGACAUUGUAAGCUGUGCUCCAUAUUAGGGGACACGUUGAAUUUCAAGCUCAGUAAAUUGAGUUUUUGCACCAAA